AACUUUUAACAAUACGAUUAAAUUAUUCUUUGUUGUGAUACGAGAACCUAUCUUAUCAGUUAUUUAAUUCAUUAAAUAGCUAUCUUUGAGUGUGACUACUACAUGCUCGGUACGUCAGUCGCUGCACUCGGCAGUAAUUUUGCGCAAAAAUGUUAAGAUGCAACGAAGUUAAUGUAACAAUUAGAAAGGCCAAAAAGGAGGACAUGGUACAGGUUUACAAGUUGAUCAAGGCCCUUGCAGAGUUCGAGAAGUUGGAGGACCAAGUGCGCAUCGAUGCGGCGGUUUUACAAAAGGACGGCUUCGACACCGACAGUCCCGCAUUCACCUGCCUGGUGGCCGAACUGUCCGACGGCUACAUCAUAGGUUACGCCCUGUUCUACUCGUCCUAUUCCACGUGGCUCGGCAAGUCCAUCCUGCUCGAGGACCUGUACGUCCAGCCGGCCUACAGACGGUCCGGCAUUGGUAAACAACUGUUCCUGGCUGUGGCCAAAAUCGCCCACGAAUCUCCGAGCAAACGGAUGGAUUUCCAUGUGUUGUCGUGGAAUCCGGCCAGUGAUUUUUACAAGAGUUUGGGCGCCGUCAACAUGACGCAGACGGAGAAAUGGCAGCUGUUCAGGAUGGACGAGGAUUGUCUCAACAAGCUGUUCGCGUAACUUGUUUCCCUCAUUUGAAACCAUGCACUCAUAUCUACAUAUUUCAUAGUGUAUUCAUUAAUUUUGUAAAGUGAUAAUAAAAGUAUUAUAUCUA